GUGAGCACAGCUCCAAGAAUGGGCAGGAAGAGACGGGCUCCUUUAGCCUGCGGCUGAAACUUUUGACGGAUAAUAACGUAAAAUAGUCUUUAUCGGCGUGUGUUUCUCUCUCUGUACGCUUCGUCCAAGUUCGCGUCUGUUAUCGGAAACUGGUGCACGAAUAUCGUCGAGGGAAGCGCGGUGAAAAAUGAGAGUGCUCGGUGACGCGAUCGGUGGAUCGUGAAAAGCCUACCUGGCCGCGAGUGAGAAUUCCCGGCGACGUUACAAAAAGAGAGAAACGUUGCGUAUGCAAGGUUAUGGGCGUGCUGUUUGGCGCGAUUAGGCGUGUGUGCUGCCAGUGAGUCUCACCGACAUGCGUGCAGUCCUCGAUUGGAAAAAAUUUCGUGAGCGCGGACUCGGUGCAUAAUCAGUUACCGCGACGCCGUUCCGUAGCGAUCCUCGACGUUGUCCUCCGCGCUGAUUCCGCGUAUACGACGCGAAACACCACGUAACCAUGACGCGAAAGUUGAGCAAGUUUCUCAUACUUUUUGACAACACGAAUCUGUUGUACUUUCCCGGCCACUUUUUGUCCGGUCGUGUGCUCAUCGAGUUGGACGACGAAGCCUACGUUUCAGGAUUACAUUUUCACGUAAUCGGCGAAGGAGUGGUUCGCGUGCGUAGUCAACGCGCAGAAAGGGUCUACGACAAGGAAAAUUACAUAGAUUUUCGUAUGAGAUUACUGGGAGAACCAGGAGAAGGACCGUCGCUACUGUCGCCGGGGAUUCACAGCUUUCCAUUUAAAUUAGGUUUGCCACUGGGCCUACCGUCCACUUUCCUGGGCAAACACGGCUGGGUCCAAUAUUAUUGCAAGGCUGCCUUACGCGAACCAGGCGGCCUGACCCACAAGAAUCAGCAAGUCUUCAUCGUGAUGAAUCCCAUCGAUCUGAAUUUGGAACCACCGAUCCUGGCGCAACCAGCAAGACAGGAAAUCGAACAACGAGUCGGUGUCUCGUGUGUCUCUGGAGGUCCUGUAUUCUGCAGGGUGAGCCUCGAUCGUGGCGGAUACGUACCUGGUGAGACUAUUGGCAUUUCAGCGACCGUCAGCAAUCGGAGUAAGGUGACGAUGAAAUCGACUAAAGCAUCCUUGACCGAAACAAUUCAGUACCUGUGCCGAGGCAAAGUGCUCGCGAGCGAAACGCGAGAGUUGGCAAGCGUUUCCAGAGGGAAAAUCCGUCCUGGCGAAGGCGAGGAGUGGUUGAACGAGCAAAUGUACGUUCCACCAUUACCGCCUACCAAUCUGCGAGGUUGCCACCUCAUCAACGUUCUUUAUCACGUUUACUUUGUAAUAAGUCCAAAGAGCUUGGAUAAGGAGAUCAAGCUGCAAAUACCAAUUGUCCUAGCCACGUAUCCUCUGAGACAGGAAGGUGCGCCGGCGGGAACCGCGCCAUCGAAAAGAGGAGCGCAUUAUCCGUCAACGUUGCCGAUAUUUCGCCCAUGGCUGGACGAUAAAGCUUUCGAAAUACAAGAGUGAACGUUUAAUUAACUUUCACCGACGUCCUCGAUAUGCGGGUAUAAAUUUCUCGAUGGGAAUCAUUUCGGAGUUACGUCCAAUGACCACGCGAAAUAUGAAAAAGAAAAAAUCUCUGAGCCUCCGAAAGUAUUAAUACGCUUAUAACAAUGCUUGUUCUAAAAUGAAAUUCAACUAAACGAAUUGACGUGUUCAUAUUUCUCAAACUGAAAUUCAACUAAAUGAACUGAACACAUUUAUAUUUCUUUUUAUACAAAUAUAGUAAUAGAAAGGAAAGACUAAAAGUACUUAUAAACUACGAUUAUUUCCUCGAAUAGAUUCCAUUUUUUAAAAUGUUUUCUUCAUUUUUACUGUAAAGUGAAGAAUGUAACUUCCUUCUUCGAAACACAGGAAAUACAGAAAGUUUCCUUUAGACGAAAAGCUUGCAUUUAGUAAUUAAAUAUGAAGUAUUUUAUCAAAAACUCGUUGAUACUUUGUAAAUGUUAUGUUAUAAACUAAUAAAUAUCGUAA